AGGAGACAGUAUUAUAAUUGAGAGAAGUGGAACGUCAGUCCGCCGAUUGUUCGUUCGCUCGACUCCUCGGAGCUAGCGAGGGUGCGACGGCUCUGCUAUCGACUAUGGAAGCCGGGAGCUGUAGCGCUCGGGGAGCAGCACAACUAGCAGAGUCGAACGGCACCGACCCGCCGCCUGACCCCGAGACUUUCGCCCGCAGCUAUCAGCUGGAGGCGCUGGAGAAAGCGAAGAAGGAGAACACGAUCGUCUUCCUGGAGACCGGUUCCGGGAAGACGCUCAUCGCCGUCAUGUUACUUCGUUCCUACGCCUUCGCGAUUCGGAAACCCUCGCGGCACAUCGCCGUCUUCCUCGUCCCGACGGUCGUUUUGGUCACCCAACAAGCCAAAGUCAUUGAGAUGCACACUGCUCUUAAAGUUGGUAAAUUCUGGGGUGAGAUGGGUGUCGAUUUUUGGGACGCAGACACAUGGAAGGAGAACCUGGAGAUGUUUGAGGUAUUUGUGAUGACACCUCAAAUUUUGCUUGAUAACUUGCGACAUACCUUCUUCAAAUUGUCUGAUAUUAAGCUAAUAAUUUUUGAUGAAUGUCAUCAUGCCCGAGGACGACAUCCUUAUGCUUGCAUAAUGAUGGAGUUCUACCAUCGACAUUUAGAAAGUUUAUCUUGUGAGCUUCCUAGAAUAUUUGGCAUGACUGCAUCACUUGUGUAUUCCAAUGGUUCAAAUUCACAUGUCGUCUAUAGACGUCAGAUUCAGGAACUUGAGAAUCUUAUGAAAUCCAAGGUGUACACUGUUGAGAGUGAAUCAAUAUUAUCUGCGUACAUCUCAUUUCCUACUCCAAAGAUCAAGCAAUAUGAACAUAUAGACUCAGCACAUCAACAAUUUAUUCCUGUGGUGGAGCGUUUGAAAAUUUUGAAGGCCAAGCACAUAGGAGCUAUCAUCGAUAAGCAAGAUUCAGUAACAAAGACAAGCAUGGCUAAAAAGAUUUCAAAGUUGCAUGCAACUUUUGUAUAUUGCUUAAAGGAGCUUGGAGCAUGGCUAGCAUUGAAGGCAGCAAAAUCAUUAACAUGCAGUCAAAACUAUCUAUUCUUUUGGGGUCAAAAUGUAGAUGAGGCUGGUGAGAAUGCAAUAAAAGCCUUUAUUCAAGAGGUGUUUCAGGUCCUUUCAUCCUACCUACCACAAGAAAUAUAUAUUGGUGAUGACUUAAAAGAAAAUGUUGAUUCUGGUCUUUUGUCUUCAAAGGUGGAAUGUCUUGUCAAAUCUCUUUUGGAAUAUAGGGAUUUGCAAGAAUUGAGAUGUAUCAUAUUUGUUGAAAGAAUUAUUACAGCAAUUGUGAUUCAUUCUCUUUUAGGAGAUAUUAAAGGAUUUUCUGGAAGAACUGAAUACAUGGCAGGGUCCAAAAAGCUCUUGCAUUCACAGAGUAGGAAAGAACAAACAAAAAUUGUUGAUUCAUUCCAUGAUGGAAAAGUAAAUGUAAUUGUUGCCACUCAGAUUCUUGAGGAGGGUUUGGAUGUUCAUGGUUGCAACUUGGUUAUACGCUUUGAUCCAGCUGCUUCUUCAUGCAGUUUUAUACAGUCUCGUGGGCGUGCGAGGAUGAAGGGAUCAGAUUAUGUAAUACUUAUUAGGCGUGGUGAUACAGCUACAAUGUCAAAAGUGGUUAACUUUCUUGAAAGUGGUGAUGUGAUGAGAGAGGAAUCAAGAAAACAAGCUUCCAUUCCAUGUAAAUCCCUACAAACUAACAUGUUUCUGGAUGAAAUAUACUGUGUUGAAUCUACUGGAGCUAUUGUGACUAUGAAUUCUAGUGUAGCUUUAAUACAUUUCUACUGCUCCAGGCUUCCUUCUGAUGAGUACUUUAGACCUCAUCCGAGAUUUGAAUUUGAAAAAGAUUCUGACAAGUGCACUUUGUGUCUUCCCAAAAGCAGCCCCAUACAGGUUGUCCAUGCAGAGUGUAGUAGCAGCAUGCUGAAGCAGCUUUUGUGCCUUGAAGCAUGCAAAAAAUUGCAUGCAGUAGGUGCUUUAAAUGAUUAUCUAUUGCCAGCAUCUGAUGUUGAAAUUGAGGACACCCAACUCAGUGAGGUUGAACCUUAUAAUAAAGAGCAAGCUGAUUAUUUUCCUAGUGACUUCGUGGAUUCAUGGUCGUCAUUUUGUUGUCUUGGUUUGUACCAUUGCUACAAGAUAACUAUUGACCAGCAUUACAACUAUGAUUUUGCCUUCAAUGAUAUGAUGCUCAUUGUCAAAACUGAUUUGGGAUCUAAUUUUCUUUCUUAUUCUUUUGGUUUGAAAAAUUCAAGGGGUCCUGUAUCAGUUCAAUUAAACUAUUAUGGAAUUGUGCACCUUAGUCGCGAGCAGGUUAUGAUGGCUAAAUCAUUCCAGAUUAGUAUAUUUAAUAUUCUACUUCAUUGUGAUUAUAGUAAGCUAAUGGAUUCUCUGCAUAAGAAUCAGAUCUCUACAGCUAUUGCUUAUCUACUUGUUCCAUUAGUUGGUGGAAGAGUUGAUUGGCAAUGUGUUAAAUCAUCUUUUUUCCACAUGGGGAUUGUCAAGGAUACUGCACAUUCUUGUGUUUCAAAAGGAUCAUAUUCUUUAGUACAAACUAUGAGUGGGCACACUUGCAGUUGUAUGCUUCAGCACUGUAUCGUUUAUACACCUCAUAGUGGUAAAUUUUAUUGUGUUAAUGGGUUUCUUUCUGACUUAAAUAUAAAUUCCACAUUUAUGCUGAAAGAUGGAAGAGUUCUUUCAUAUAAAGAAUAUUUUCAGUCAAGGCAUGAUGUUGUGUUGACUUGUGAAAAUCAACCUCUACUUUCGGGUAGACAUCUUUUUAAAGCUGAAAACUACCUUCAGAAACGUUCUUUUCGGACGGAGAAGGUGAAUAGUGAUGCAGCUGUUGAAUUGCCUCCUGAACUUUGUACCAUCAUUAUGUCUCCUAUCUCAGCCAAUACUGUAUACACUUUCUCCUUUGCUCCAUCAAUCAUGCAUCGUAUCCAGUGUUUGCUACUUGCUUCCAGACUAAAGAAAAACAUCCUCACUGAUUCCAUGCAAAACAUUGAUGUUCCACUUUCCGAGGUUCUGGAAGCAAUCACCACGGAUAAAUGUCAAGAAGAAUUUUCCCUAGAGUCCCUGGAAACACUUGGAGAUUCUUUUCUGAAGUAUGCCGUGAAUCAAAAUCUUUUCAGGGCUUAUAAGCAUCAUCAUGAAGGCAUAUUAAGUGCUAAGAAGGAUAAAUUAGUGUCAAAUGUUGCGCUUUGCAGGUUUGGAUGUGAUCGCCACUUCCCAGGGUUUAUUCGUAACAGGCAAUUUGAUCCUCAAGAAUGGUUUAUCCCUGGUAGUUGUGCGGAUCAUUUUGAAGAGACCACCUUGUUCCCAGAUUCAGGUUGUGCGUACACUAGUCGUACAAGAAUCAUCAAGGGCAAGGUCAUUGCUGAUACCGUAGAAGCACUGAUAGGAGUAUUCCUUACUGCUGCCGGAGAAAAGGCAGCAUUGAAAUUUAUUGAGUGGCUGGGUAUAAAGAUGGAAUUCCAUCAGGAAACUGCCCCUGAAAGGAAAGAUUUGCUGAAGUAUGAAAUGUACAUAAAUACAAAAGACCUUCAGUCGGUACUAAAUUAUUCAUUCCGAAAUCCCACACUUUUACUUGAAGCAUUAACUCAUGCUUCGUAUCAGAUUCCUGAUGUUCCUGGAUGCUAUCAGAGGCUCGAGUUUCUCGGUGAUGCGGUUUUGGACUUUCUCAUGACUUGGUACCUUUACAACAAAUAUCCUGGAUUGUCUCCUCAAAUGUUGACUGAUCUUAGAUCGGCAAAUGUCAGUAACGACUGCUAUGCUCGAGCAGCUAUUAGAGCGGGACUGAACAAGCACAUUCUUCAUGCUUCACCGGAGUUGCAUAAAAGGACGACAUGUUACCUUGAAUUUUGUGCAAACAAUCUUGCAGCUUCAUCGGAUGUAUCAGAUGCUGGUGCAGAUCCACCUAAGGUGUUGGGAGAUGUCAUAGAAUCCAUCGCCGGAGCUAUCUUUGUCGACUCCGGAUAUAACAAAGAAGUUGUAUGGGACAGCAUGAAGCCGCUGCUAGAACCGAUGGUCAGCCCAGAAACAGUCGAGCCGAAUCCUGUAAACGAAUUACAGCACUUUUGUUCUACUAAGCACUACCAAUUGACAUACAAAAUGACCAUUCAAAACCGCACAAUCAACAUGACUGCAGAAGUAAAAACUGAAGGGGCAACUCAUACCGCAACGAUCACAGCGCCUAAUAAGAAGACUGCACAGAGAAUGGCAGCCAAGACUCUGCUGAGGGAUCUUAAAUCUCGAGCAGCAUCUGAAUUGUGAAUUCGUGUAAAUUGUUCAUUCCUAAGCAUACGAUCCCGAAUCUAUUUGUUACUUGGGGGGCGAUCUCAUGAUCCUUGAUAAGGCUAGCCUAAAUUUUUACCUCAGUUUGCAUUACACGUUCUUAUGCACCACUUUGUAUUGGGUGCAAGCAAGAAACUAUAGAGGAGAAGCUUCUUAGCUUAUCGGCAAGUUAUACAUUUCCUCAUUGCUUCUCUA